AUGGCAGGAUCAGGAACUGUUUUCACUUCUGCUUUGGAAGGGACGAACCAUGUUAAAUCCGAAACGGGGGAGAUGCUCACCAAGCCUUUUUUGGAUGUAUGCAAACACUUGCUGCCCGUUUUAGAUAAGUUUGGAGCUGCCUUUGCGCCUGUGAAAUCUGAUAUUGGUAACAACAUAUCGAGAUUGGACUCUAAAUAUUCGUCGAACCCGUCAGAAUUCAAUCUCUUGUACAGUCUAGUCCAGGUUGAGAUUGAAGCCAAAAAUGCAAAAUCCUCAUCCAGUUGCACAAAUGCUCUACUCUGGCUAACAAGGGCCAUGGACUACUUGGUGGAGCUGUUCCGGAAUCUGCAUGACAAUCCAGACUGGCCAAUGUCCAAGGCUUGUUCCGAGGCCUAUGGCAAGACCUUGAAAAAAUGGCAUAACUGGCUAGCUAGCUCAAGUUUUAGUGUUGGAAUUAAGCUUGCACCAGAUAGGAAGAAAUUUAUGGACAUAUUAGGUGGUGAAACACCUGAUUUGAAUUCUGACAUUGGUAAAUUCUGCACAAACUUCUCUCCACUACUCCAAGAGAAUCAUAAGUUCUUGGACUCUGUUGGAAUGGACAAUGUGAAAGCUUGA